AUGACUCGCUUAAAUCCUAAACGACGACAUAUAAUCCUGCUCAUUGCAUCUUUCCUGGACAUUUCCACACUUGCUCUUUUUAUUAUUAAUGCCAUCAAUUCACCUAAUUUUUUCCAUAUCUUUGCAAUGUACCAAAUUGCAGCCCCACAACUUUCUACUGAAGAUUAUCUUUCCUUUUUCAUAAACGACGAAGCUUAUAAUCGCACAAGAUACUCUUCCAAAAUUGAAAAAUUAUUACCAUCAUCUGCAGAAACAGUCCCUGCUUUUGACUUUUAUUACAAUGAAAACUUUUGCUCAUAUAACUCGACCAAAACUGACGAUAUACGACAACACUAUUUUCCCAAUAAUACGGUCGUAUCAAACCGUUCCAUAAAAGAAUCUAUCUGCUACUUAUUUUUGCGUGGAUACAUUCCCCGUGAACAAUGGAUUGGAUUUGAAGAAGCUCUUGAUUACGAAUCCUGGUAUGUGAGAAACUAUUUAUAUCUAAGUGACUGCACCAAUACCCCACUAGAAGAUUUAUCCCAAGGCUCCAUUAUUGGAAUUAUUCUUUGGUCUAUUUCGAUAUCUUUGGAGCUUCUCUUUAUUAUUUUUCUCUACUGUGCUAGUGGCGGUGAAGAUGUUUCUGUACGAAUGUGUAUUGUGUGCAGCUGGACUUUUGGAUUAAUGCUCUUAUCAAUGGAUGCCGGAGCUUUGUUAUCAUAUGCAAAUUAUGUCGACAAAUUAGUACAAUAUUUGACUAAAGAUUAUGGUAACCUAGUAAUUUUAUUUCGAGAAGCAGGAUUAAAUCCAGCAACUCUUCCGAGACCAAUUACUCUUGGAAGUCGAAUAUUAAUAUUUUCUCCUUUAAUACCAGGAGUAUUAAGGUUUGGUAUAUGGCAAGUGGGUGUAUAUGCGGUAUGGAUGUCAAAAGAUUCACCAACUUCUAAUAUGACUUGGUACGAAACUUUGGAGAAAAAAAUUCUAGGACAAAGACCUGAAGCUGAAGGAUUGCUUGCUGGUGAAGAUGCCGAUCCUAUAUGGGAUGAAAUUGGAUAUAAUAUAAGAUAA